CGCAUGCUCGCAGCUGAACACUUUAAACUUCCGGUGUGAAAGUCAAAGUAGCAACUGAAAGAAUAAGUAAUUAUCUCAAAAUUGUGAAUAAAAACACAUCUGUUUAUCAAGUGUAUCAUGGCAGCUCUAUUCGCCUGCACCAAAUGCCACGAUCGGCACCCGUUUGAUGCGUUAUCUUCUUCAGAACAGCUGUGUAAGAAAUGCAGAAACGUUCAGCCAGUAGUGAAAUGUUCUUUAUGCCGUUCAGAAUUCACACCUGGGGAGAAAGGCUCAACCAGCAGCAGUUGUCGGCAUUGUAACUACAACCUGAAAGUAUAUGGAGAGCCUUCUGUUUGCCGCUACUGUAACCUGACUGCGGCUUUUGUGGACAAUAAGUGUCAGCGAUGCACUGCCUAUGAGAAGAAGUUUGGCAACCCAGCUCCGUGUGAGCAGUGCAAAAUGAAGGCAGCCUUCGACAGGACGGAUAAAGCAAAAUCAAAAGUGCAUGGCAGGGUUUUAUGCUGGUUGUGCACCUUGGCCUACAAACGUGUUCUACAGAAGGCAAAACAAAAGCAAGAAGAGAAGAAACAGGGUAUGCGAUCAAAUCCCAGCAGCUUUGAUAAACUGGACAAACUUGACAGUAGUAAGUCAGAAAAUACUGCUGGGACCCCAAUAAACAGUCGAGAUAAAAUCUCGCCCUUUGAAAGCAAUUUUCAAAACGCCAAAACGACCCCUCAACCCCAGAAAGACUCUAUUUCCAUGUUGAAUCUCUCGGUUGGUGAGAAAUCUACGCCGCCGUCUUUUGCUUCGUCAUUUGAUUUUCUCCGUGAAAACAAGGAAGAAAAGAGCAACGCUUCCAAAGAUGAAAAACUGGAGGGGCAUGAAAAGGAACACAACAAGCAUCGACAUCACCACCACCAUCAUCACCAUCACAAGAAACACCAUAAGAGAUCUCACAGUCCCAAUUCGCCAAACAAGCGUCCCCGAAUUGAGAACAGCGACUCCAAUGGACUUCCUGGGUCAUUGACCCCCAACAAGACCUCUCUGCUGACCACAGAGAAGUCCCCCGUGGACCCCAACAGCUCGGAGCAUAUCAUCGCCAUCAACAGGCUGCAGGAGCAGCUGGAUAACAUGAAGAAACAGCUCUCUAUGAAGGACCAACAACUUCUUGAGAAGGACAAAAAGAUAACAGAAAUCAAGGCAGCACAGUACGAGAGUGAGAAGAGUUUCCGAACAAAGCUGACAGAUUUGUCCAAGAAAAGCAGCGAGACCAUUGAGACACUCCAAAGUAAAAACCGUGACCUUGAGAAGAAGAAUCGUGACUUGACCAAGCAGGUACAGACACUGUCCAAGGGUAAAAAGGCAAGCAUCCUUGCCCAAAGCAACAACAGCAACACCAACAGCCCCAACAUCAGCUCAUAGAUGUGUACUUGUCUUCUAAUGCUGUGUAUAUGUGGGGCAAGGGCAUUACUGGGUCUCUGGCAAUUUGGCAAUUAUGUAUUUGAAUUCUUAAGCUAUUUCAAAGUCACAGGGUUUCCAGUAAUUUGUUAAAUUUGUGUUUGUAUCAGGACUGGGAGGACUCUGAGGUUGUGUUGAUGUUACCCAUAUCCAAAAACUGCACAUUUCAGCGGCAUGUAAUCAAAUUUAAUGCGUAAAUAACCUUUUCUUCUAGCCUUGGUGUUAUAAGCAGCCUUAAGAACCAGUGAAAAGUUUUAAAUUGUGUGAGGAAAGAGGUUUAAAUAGCAAUACUCUUGUUUGGCUUAUUAGGAUAUGGCUAUUGUCAGGAAUGAGCAACUUGUACUUUAAUUAAAGUACUGACUUACUGGUUGCAUUUCUUCAGUACUUAUCUUGAAGCAUGAAUUAAAAUUAUAGUGCUCGCUUGAGUGCUGCAGAAGAAGUCAGUUAGGAGAAUGUCAUGGUAGUGUUUUAAAUUCUGUAAGCCUUCUUGCUCAAAUCAUCAGUCAUUUUAAUUUUAUAAAGAGAGACAUGCAUUUUGGAUGAAGGCCUUUAUUUUCCACUUGUUAAUUGAAAGCACAAUAAAUUGUAACGACAUUUCUUGAUGGAGAAGUAUAAAUCAGUUUACAAACUUCAUCAAUUGAUUUGUUCUUCAGACACCAAUUAAGUUGAUUUUGAUAAGUAACAAUAUUUUUGUUAAUUCUUCUUCAAAUCUGUUUACAAGAAAUUGGCAUGGCAUGGUAUCAAUAUGACUGACUUUCACCUUAGCAACAAAUCUAUAUGGUUCGAAGUACAUGUAUUCAAUUAAUUUUAAAAAUUCUCUCAUAAGUCAAGCUAGGACCUUAAGGAAUAUUUCAAAUAUAUUUAGGCACCUGUUGCAAUUCUUGGCAAAUAUAAUUAAGAUUUUCAUGACUUCAAAGUAUAUUGUGUGAUAAACCUAAUGACGGGUGUUUCAUGUGUUCAUUUUUGGUUGUACUCUUUAUAGUAAAAAUUUGUAGUCAACUUUGUUGCAUUUCAUUGCAUGAGAGUGAGUUCUCCUGUAAAUAGUUGUCUGUUGUUAGUGUUGUUUAUUACACGGUUAGGCUGUAUUGUGAUUACUAUUAACCCAAUGUUAUGAUUGGUAGUUAUUUAACUUUGGCUUUUACCUGAUAGUGAUGAUUUUGUGGGAAUACUGUAUUACUUAAUUUCUUUAAAACAAACUGUAUUCAAGAGUUACCUGUAAAGUUUGAAGUUAAUUAUAAUUUUCACCGUUAAAUUUGAAAGUUUAUCAACAACAAUUAUUUAUUGUGUUAUCAUAUUAUAAGACAAAGGUAUCAGUUUGCUCAAUGUAGUAAAAUUAUAUUUGUAAGCACUUCAUAGAUUGUAUAUUUAGUAUCUUCUGCUUUAAUAUAAAAAACACCUUCUGCAUAACAUGUUUUUUUAAUUAGUUUUUACCUUCCUUAUUUCGUAGUCAUUGGAAAUUUAUAUUUUGAUUAAUAAUUUCUUUUAAAAAUUGCAUUAUUGAUAGUUUUGAUACUCACUCCUCUACCCUCCAAAACAAAAUAUACCAAAUACAUGUAAGAUGUCUCAUAGACAAAAUAAUUCUAACAUGUAAUGUAUAUCAACACUGGAUUUCAAUAUUUAAAGCUUGAUAUUUGGCUUAUGUUUACCAUAAAUGGAUGUUCUUACCAUAAAAAAGUCAGUCCAUGAGCUGUUUGUAAUAUUAAUUAUUUGUAAUUCAUUUUUCCCCCAGCUAAAACAAUGUAUCUGUAAGUUUGUUCUGCUUUGUUAUAAAUAAUGGUUCACAGCCAUGAGGCAUCGCAUUCAGCAGAUUUGUAACUUAUAAGAGUAUUCAAACAAUUAGAGAUUUGAUUCAUUUUACUAUGACAACAAAAUGAAAAUCGUCAUACUUGUAUGGGACAAAAUGUCUGUGAAAUCAAACAAAUCAUGAUAUAUGUUAUUAAAAUGAUGUUUAAAGUGACUCAAUUUGAUUGCACUUAAACUUUAAUUUCUAUAUUUCUCUGUAGAAAAGAUAUUAUAAUGUAUAAUAUAUAUAUAUAUGCACAAAUGUGUAAACACAAUUAAUGUAAAAUAUGUUUUUUUUUCAGUGAAUAUGUAGUAAAAAAUCCAUAUUAAAUAUUUGUAUGGUGAUUUGAGUGAUUUUACUGAAAUUUAUAGUGUCUUAAGUGUGUUAACAUUUCUUCAGAACUAACUGCUAAAGCUUUAAAAUAUAGUUAUUUGGUGCAUUGUUCACUAAAUUAUAUUUUCAAAAUGAUCUUGUACAUAUUAUCUUAAAUAUGCAUAUUAUUUUAUCAAAAAUUGUUUUUAUUCUAUGUUUACAUGGAGGUUUUAUUCCUUUUUUAGAAUUUACUGAAAAUAAUGUAAAUGCAUCUGUCAAAAUUUUAAAUGUAAAUUAUUUGAUUCCCAUAUUCGUUUGUAUUUGAUAUUUAAUGACUUGAAUAAAUAAACCGUAUGUUGGAACUA